AGCGGUGGCCGCCAGCGUCCGCGGGAGGGGUCCCGCGGCGGGAGUCCCGGCCAGCACCUCGCCUGGGGGCGCCCGAGCCAUGGGCACCAAGUGGUUCAGCGGGGCACCCUUCGGGGUGCAGAGCCACAGGUUUGAUGUCUCCGCCGUCUACCCCAAUCAGAAGAAACUCAGCACCUUCACCGAGGCCCCCUACUCCAAGCUUCAUUCUGUGCAAAUGUCCCACAUAGGACCUGGAACCUAUGGCUACCAGGAGACCUGCUUCAGCAAGAAGAAACUCAGCAAGGAGGUGGGCACAGGCUGGGCCAGGACCCAGGAAGCCACCCGGCUGACCCAGCUGCCCCACUUCCAGUACGAGGCCAUCAUGAAAGAGAAGCGGUUGCAGAAGGAGAAGCUGGGGCCCGGCUCCUACAACCUCAAAGACUUCUUAGAACAGCUGCAGCAGAAACCGUGCAGCACCCGGGGGCUGCUCAGCUCGGGGGAGACCCGCUUCCGUGGCCUUGUUGGGAACUACUAUCCAGGCCCUGGAAAUUAUGGGGUGAAGGGUAACCCAUACACAAAGCUGGAGGAGAAAGCCCAGAACCGUUCUCAGGUCCUCAUGUGCAGGAUGACCAGCAGGCCACUCCUCUUGGCUCAUCAGGGGAGUGGUCUGGCACCAGGCACCUACUCCUUCAAAAGUGGCAUUGAGACCUACCUGGCACGAUCCAUGGGCACCCGCGGCCCCUACGACACUUUCUCCGGUGACCGAAGCAAGCCCCAGCCUUAUGGACAUUACUCUGUGCAGAAAAAAAAGCCCAGGGAACUGAUGAAUUUUACGACCUUCGUGGAAGAGCUUAACUCGCGGCACAAUAAGAAGCGUGGGGUUUUUUCGAAAAUUCCUCGCAACCCGGAAACCCCGACGGAGAGGAUUUACUGGGCGACCCUUAGCCAGUGCCCCCGAAAACUAGCCACGUCUGGUCCCGGUUCGUGGCUUCCUCCAAAGAAGGAAUGCAAACACGUCAACCAGCCACCCUUCCUGCUGUCUUCCAAGCGGAUGGGCAUAAAGGCCUACCAGAUGAUUCUGGGAAGCUGGAACCCCGUAGGUGUGGGCCGCUACCUCAACACCUGGCUGAUGGAGACGAAGGACCAACGGCAGCGGUAUCGGUCCCUGUACCUGGGUGGAUCCAAGCGCUACCCCUCUGACCCGGCCUGGGACAGGAUCAUGCAAUGAGCGGAGGGCUGUGAAGCCCCAGAUGAGAUACUCUAAUGCUCCUGGUGAGGAAAAGGGACUCGAUGCUAACUCCCCCACUCACAACCCACACCAGCUAGGCGCUGCCUUGGGUGGCUUCACCACACGGAAUCUCAGUUUCUUGGUGUUCACGACGGGCUUGAUAAAACUGGUUUCCGGAAGCCGUUGUGAAGCCGAAGGAAAAACGGUGCACGAAGUGCCACGGCUAACUGUAAAGCAGUGCGCAAAUGCUAGCUGCUGCCUUAUUUAUUGACCUAAGAGGCCAUCGGUUGCAGCGUGAUCUCGUUUUCAGAAAUGUCAAAAGGCGAACAAACACGCACUCUAGAUUAUUUUGUUGUUGGAAAACCCGGUGAGGGCACGAGGACCCGAUUACUCAGGGAAGACCGACUUUUAAAUGCUUAUUUUUAUC